ACACACACACACACACACACACACACACAUACACACACACACACAGACACACACACACACCGAGUCUGCUGCACACGAUACUGCACUCACAUGGCUCUGUACACUCUGUGGUCUAAGGGGAGAGCUAUGCAGGGAGUGACUAAGAACGGACAGUCUACAGCACAAAAAUAACAUAGAGGAGAGAGAUAGAGAUAGAGAGAGAGAGAGAGAGAGAGAGAGAGUGCAACAGAAAGAGAAACUGAAAUACAUUCCCCUUGUUUCUCACAGGCCAGGAAAUGGACGCUUCAGUGUAAGCUUCGCCAGUUUCUCUCAUUCUGUCCCCGUCUCUUUGCAUAGCGGCUGGCUGGCUGCUGUCUGCUGGAGAGAGGAAGACGAAAAUGACUUUUGAGGAGGAGCUGUGAGCUCUGCACCAGGAACACUCUGCUGAAACCCCAUCACGCAGGAGGAGAGCUUCACACACACCACUCCACCCUCACUCGCCUGAUCUCAGAUGGAGGUGGAUGCAGCUGAUAAGCGCCAUCGUACGCGAUCCAAAGGUGUGCGAGUUGCCGUGGAGACUGGGGCCCAGGAGCUGUUCAGCUGUCCCACACCAGGGUGUGACGGGAGUGGGCAUGUGAGGGGCAAAUACGCUAGGCACAGAAGUGUCUAUGGAUGUCCUUUGGCCAAGAAGAGGAAAAGCCAGGAGAAACCUCCACAGGAGCCAGCCACCAAACGCAGACCUUUUUUAACCAUGGCUGACGGAGAGGCGGCGAUGUACGAGGGCUACGAGAUGGAUGCUAUGGACGAGGUCGAGGAGAGAGAGCAGGAAGACCUGGAGGAGGAAGUAGAGGAGGAGGAGGAAGGUGAAGAGGAAGGAGAGGAGGAAGAAGAAGAGUGCUCCGAGGACAAUGACGAGCCUGGAGAGGAGGAAGAGGAGGAGGAAGAGGAAGAGGAAGGAGAGGCGGAGAGGGAGGAGGGAGAAGAGGUAGAGCAGAUGGAUGAGGAGGUGGAGGACGAUGAGGAAGUGGUGGAGCAGGAUGGAGAUGAUGAACAAGAUGACGAGGAAGAACAAGAAGAAGAAGAUGAGGAUGAGCAUGAGGAAGAGGAGGAAUAUGAAGAUCAGACUCAUCAGCGAGAGAAAAAAUAUUCCAGUUGUGGACAAUCAAAGCCCGGUCAGAUGAUGGAGAAAGACAACAACAACAAUAAUGCGACAAACGAGGAGUAUGAAAACUAUGAUGAGCUGGUGGCCAAGUCUUUGCUGAACUUGGGUAAGAUAGCAGAGGAUGCCGCCUACCAAGCCAUGACGGAAUCUGAGAUGAACAGCAGCUCCUCCAAUAGUGCGGGUGAGGAGGAAGAUGAGGAAGAAGAUGAACAGAGCAGUCGGAAGGGUGAGUUAAGUGUGGACCUGGACAGCGAUGUUGUGCGGGAGACUGUGGACUCUCUGAAGCUCCUGGCCCAGGGCCAUGGGGCCGUGCUGCCAGACGAGGGCUUCCCCGAGGCCCACAAUGGCCAGGCCGAGGAGAAUGAGGAGGAGGUGUGCCUCAGCAGCCUGGAGUGCCUGAGGAACCAAUGCUUUGAUUUAGCCCGCAAGCUCAGCGAGACGCAGCCGGCUGAUCAGCAGCCCAUGCUGCAGCACAAUAUCGAGCAACACCUGCAGCAGCAACAACAACAUCAAUUGCUUCACAUGCCCCGUUAUGAAACCUGCCAGCCUGUCCCCAUGGAGCAGCCCAGAACACUGGAAAGGAGCUACUCAGACAUGGUCAACCUGAUGAAGCUGGAAGAGCAACUCAGCCCAGCAUCCAGAGGAUACACGACCAGCUGCGUCGCCGUCCAGGAAGGUGAUGAAGACACUACAUCUGUGGCCUCAGAGCGCUCAGACGAAGCCUUUGACAUGACCAAGGGUAACCUGUCCCUGCUGGAGAAGGCCAUUGCACUGGAGUCAGAGCGGGCCAAGGUCAUGCGGGACAGGAUGCUGCCUUCGGAGCAUGGAAUGGGCCGCAGGGACCAUCCACGGCUGCAUGGGGAACAUAGCCCCAGACAGAGUAGUGGAGCUGAAGAGCGCAAAGUCAGACUCAACCAUGAUGGGGCAAAGAGAGCAUACUACCCUAAAGAUUCCUCAAGGGCUGAGAAAAAAGAGAGCAAGUGUCCCACCCCAGGAUGCGACGGCACGGGCCACGUCACUGGCCUGUACCCGCACCACCGAAGUCUGUCUGGCUGCCCUCACAAAGACCGUGUACCACCAGAAAUUCUUGCAAUGCAUGAGAAUGUUCUAAAGUGCCCCACGCCUGGCUGCUCAGGACGCGGCCACGUUAAUAGCAACAGGAAUUCCCACCGCAGUCUCUCGGGUUGUCCGAUAGCUGCUGCUGAGAAGAUGGCUAAGGUUCAGGAGAAGCACCAGUCCUGCGACGGCACCAAGUCCAACCAAGCGUCUGACCGUGUGCUAAGGCCAAUGUGCUUUGUGAAACAACUGGAGAUCCCACAAUACGGUUACAAGAACAACAUCUCUACCAGCACGCCCCGCUCCAACCUGGCUAAGGAGCUGGAGAAAUACUCCAAGACCAGUUUCGACUAUGGUGGGGGCUAUGACAGCCAGCCCCAUGCCUACAGUAAGCGUUCCCUCACCCAGAAGAACCAUGGACGAGACACCUUGCCCAGGGGAUACGAUGACACAUUUGCUCUCAGCAUUCAUCAUGGAACAUCAGAUCAUCCAAUAAGCGAGUCUUCAGCUAAGCGCUACUGUAAGACCUCCAGUCCGGCCAGCAGUACAACGAGCAGCUACGCUCCUAGCAGCAGCAGCAGCAGCAGCCUGAGCUGUGGGGGCGGCAGGGGGGGCAGAGGAGGAGAGAGCAGUGCCAGCAGUACCUGCAGCAAAAGCAGCUUCGACUACACACACGACAUGGAGGCGGCGCACAUGGCAGCCACAGCCAUCCUCAACCUGUCCACACGCUGCAGAGAGAUGCCCCAGAGCCUGACUGGCAAAGGCCCCGAACUGCUCGCACAGAGUGCAGAUGAGCGGGAUGCAGAGGAGAACAGUACACUGGAUCUGAGUGUGGGUCGUGCAGGUGGGCUGGGGGAGGCUACAGUUCUCACCCAGCUACAGCCCAUGUCCCCGCAGCGCCAGGCACUGCUCAAUAGCCGCUGCUACCAGAUGAGCCCAGCUGACUGCUGGGACCCGCCCGUGGAUUACACCAAGAUUAAGCGGCUGCAUGAGGACCACAAAGAGGAUGAGCUGGAUCCAUUUCAGGAGCUGCUGGAGGAUCAGCAGUACCCAGGAGAGGUGUCCCUCCCCAGCCCAAAACACAAAUACACCCCUUGCAAGGAGAGCAAGAAAGAGCUCCUCACGCUGUCCAGUUGCCAGCUGGCUGACAAGGGCAUGCGUGGCAUGAUGGCAACCAAUUCACAGGAUCUGAAGUGUCCAACUCCAGGUUGCGAUGGCUCCGGGCACAUAACAGGCAACUACGCCUCACACAGGAGUUUGUCAGGCUGUCCUCGAGCAAAAAAGAGUGGAAUUAAAAUCAUGCACAGCAAGGAGGACAAGGACGACCAGGAGCCGAUCAAGUGUCCUGUACCAGGGUGCGACGGUCAGGGUCAUGUGACAGGAAAGUAUGUGUCUCACCGCAGCGCCUCCGGCUGCCCACUGGCUGCUAAGCGGCAGAAGGAUGGCUUCGUAAAUGGAGCUCCGUUUGCCUGGAAGUCUGGCAAGACGGAUGGCAUGACAUGCCCCACGCCCGGCUGUGAUGGCUCAGGCCAUGUCAGUGGCAGUUUCCUCACACACCGCAGUCUGUCUGGUUGUCCCCGUGCCACUUCAGCCAUGAAGAAGUCUAGGAUAACUGGAGUGGAAAUGCUUACUAUCAAGCAGCGUGCAAGCAAAGGGAUAGAGAAUGAUGAAGAAAUCAAACAGCUGGAUGAAGAAAUCAAAGAUCUAAAUGAAUCAAACAAUCAAGUAGAGUCAGACAUGAUUAAACUUAGGACUCAGAUAACCACCAUGGAGACCAACCUGAAGUCCAUGGAGGAGGAAAACAAGGCCAUUGAGCAGCAGAAUGACUCACUGCUGCAUGAGCUGGCCAACCUCAGCCAGUCACUCAUCAACAGCCUGGCCAACAUCCAGCUCCCUCAUAUGAAACCGGUGCCACUGAAAGAGGCCCCUGUUAAAAAUUACUGCUGUUUACAGAUGCCCCACAGAGAGCCGAUGAACGAGCAAAACUUUGAUAGUUACGUGAGCACUUUGACAGAUAUGUACACUCAUCAGGACCAGUACCAGAGCCCUGAGAACAAGGCCCUGCUGGAGAACAUCAAACAGGCUGUGCAGGGCAUCCAGGUGUAGCUCGCCGAGACGCUGCCAGGUAAUGGGGUCGCAUACGCAAGCGCUGAUCAGCAAAAACAAAACAAAAAAGAGGAAUGAAGAAACAAGAAAAAAACAUGUACAAAUGCGGAUAAUGAUUAUGAUUUUUUGCUGCUGUAAUUUAUUGUAUUAUCUUGCAUUAUUUAUGAUUCUGUUAUGCUUUUGAGGGGGAAAAAAUACCUAACUUAUUUGUUGCCUUGCUUUAAAGAUGAUUACCAAUGGCAAAUGUUUUGAGGAACAUUCAUGUUUUGUACAUUUUUCAUAUGACCUGACAUAAUGUGAUGUACUGUUUAUAGCUGCUAAUGUAUGCACAUUUUAGUGUAUAUGUAUUUACUAAUUGUAAACAAAACCAUCCAUUGUUUUAAAAGCUUACUGACAAAAUGGGGGGGAGAAAAAAAACAUUGCAGUGUUGAAGAGGAGAGGUAAACGGGAAUGUAAAGGGCAAUCAGCUAAUAAGCUUUUUUCUUUUUGGAAACAAGAGGAGUUCAGUAUGUGCUGUGCAGGUUGUUCAAUGGAUGUUAAAUGGUUAAUUUUGUAACAAUAUUACGGAACUUCAUAAAGAUUCAUCUUUUGUUCAGAGAUACAUUUUACAGUGGUCAGUGUGGGCACUCUAAUGAAAUACAUGUAUUGCUCUUUGUGCUUUUGUUUGUUUUUCAAAAGGUUUAAAAAAAAAACAAUAAAAAUGAACGGACAAAAAGACCUCAACAUUCUCGUGAAACAUCAUAACACGGAACCCCACUUA